AUGCUACCUCAAAUCAAGAACCAUGAAGACAUUCGAGAGUUGCUAACAAAAUUCUGGGUCCAAGAAGAAGUUUUUAUAUCAAAUCAACAUCAAUUAUCAUCCUUGUACCAACAAUGUGAAGAUUUCUUCAAAUCAACUCACUCUAGACAUUUAUCAGGACGAUACAUUGUCAGAAUUCCACUUAUCUCUUUACCUGCAGCUUCUGGAGACUCCUAUACAACUGCGUAUCGAUGCUUAAAACGUCAGUUGAGGAGAUUAACCAAUGAGUCUGAAUACAGCAAUCUCUAUAGACAAUUCAUGACAGAAUACGAAGAACUCGGUUACAUGAGACCUGCUUCAACAAUCAAUCGAGAAUCUCAAGACAUUCACCCAUACUUUCUUUCUCUUCAUGGGGUUUUAAGACCAAGUAGCACUACCACCAAGCUUAGAGUCAUCUGCAAUGGAUCUAGCCCGUGUUCAACUGGAGUCUCAUUGAAUGACAUUACUCAUACUGAAGCAAAAAUUCAACUAGAUAUGCGGGCGGCUUCCCCCUUGCAAAAUGGCAAUAGUCAAUCACUUCUUCAAAAAACGUCACAAUCAUCAUUCAACCAAGACAAAAUCACCUUCAAAGACUGCAAUGCAAAAAUUCUUGGACUUCAAUGA